AUCAGUCGCAUGCAUGAUGCCACCUCCCCUGAAGAUUUUAAACGACGCCCCCCACACCCCCUCUAAAAAAAGUGAGGAGGCUGAGACAUGUGAGAGUCUGCACGUAGUCCUUUUGGGUCUUGGCUUGUCCACCCACAGUAAGAAGUAGGAGAUGUCCAACAGUGCGUCAGGACAUCUCGUCGGAUAGGACCUCCGAACCAAAACCACUCUUCACUUUCUUCAUCUACCUUCGCUCUCCGAACUGCACCACCGAGCCCACCGAACACUAGGACACUUUUUUUUUCAACAGCCACCAUGCAUUUUAUCAGGAAGCUGCUGCCAUGUUGGUGUUUCCUGUUGCUGAGCUGUCGCCCAUCGCUCUCAGCCCAUGACUUUUUCACCUCUAUAGGCCAAAUGACAGAUCUUCUGUUUACCGAGAAGGACCUCGUUACUUCCCUCAAGGACUACAUCCAAGCGGAGGAGGACAAGUUGGAACGGGUCAAAAAGUGGGCUGAUAAAUUGGAAUCUUUGACGACGACAGCGACACAAGACCCCGAGGCCUUCCUGGGGCACCCGGUCAAUGCCUUCAAGCUGAUGAAGAGGCUCAACACUGAAUGGGGGGAUCUAGAGAGCCUCGUUCUCAGCGACACCACAGAUGGUUUUAUUUCCAACCUGACCAUUCAGAGGCGGUACUUCCCUACGGAUGAUGAUCAGACUGGCGCGGCCAAAGCUCUCCUCCGUUUGCAAGACACUUACAAUCUAGAUGCCAACACCAUCUCCACGGGAAACCUACCUGGAGUGAAGCACAAGACACUUAUGACGGUGGAGGACUGUUACGAGCUGGGAAAGAUCGCCUACACGGAUGUUGACUACUACCACACAGAGCUGUGGAUGGCACAGGCCUUGAGGCAGCUGGACGAUGGUGAGGAGUCCACUGUGGAUAAGGUGACCGUUCUGGACUACCUCAGUUACGCCAUCUACCAGCAAGGGGAGUUGGAGCGUGCCCUGGGGUACACCAAGAGGCUCCUGGAACUCGAUCCAGAACAUCAGCGGGCCAAAGGCAAUGUGAAGUAUUUUGAGUUCCAGCUGGAGAAGCAGAAAAAGGCAAAGCAAGAGGACACUGUGGUGGAGAAGAAGCCAGAGAAAAAACAGACUCCAGUCAAGAAGACAAAGGAGAAGAAGCAGAAGCAGAAAAAGGACAGGAAUACUUUCACUCUGAUGCCAGAGAAGAAGAAGUACGAGAUGCUCUGUCGCGGUGAGGGCAUCAAAAUGACUCCCCGUAGAGAAAGCCGUCUGUUCUGCCGUUACUAUGACAACAAUCGCAACCCCUUCUAUCUGCUGGGACCGGUCAAGCAGCAAGAUGAGUGGGACAGUCCGUACAUUGUCCGUUUCCUCAACAUCAUCUCCGACAAAGAAAUUGAGAAGGUCAAAGAACUGGCGAAGCCAAGGUUAAGGCGAGCCACGGUGCAUGACCCCCAAACCGGGAAGCUUACCACAGCCCUAUACAGAGUCUCCAAGAGCGCUUGGCUAACAGGCUACGAAGAUCCAAUGAUUGAAAGGAUUAACCAGAGGAUCGAGGAUCUCACAGGCUUGGAAAUGGAUACAGCAGAAGAACUGCAGGUUGCAAACUACGGUGUUGGCGGUCAGUACGAGCCUCACUUUGACUUUGGAAGGAAAGACGAGCCAGAUGCCUUCAAAGAGCUGGGAACAGGCAACCGCAUAGCGACGUGGCUUUUUUAUAUGAGUGACGUGGCAGCAGGGGGCGCUACAGUAUUCCCAGAUGUCGGAGCAUCAGUUACACCCCAAAAGGGUUCUGCAGUGUUCUGGUAUAACCUCUUUCCCAACGGGGAGGGCGACUACAGCACACGACACGCAGCUUGUCCUGUGUUAGUCGGCAACAAAUGGGUAUCCAAUAAAUGGAUUCACGAACGAGGGCAAGAGUGGCGGCGACCAUGCGGUCUAAAUGAGACUGACUGAUUGAAGCAAAAACAAAACCCCCCCACCCCAACAGGCCCUUCACCUCUUCACCGGCCCAGACCACCCUGCAACGGAUCACAGAUGACACAUUACGGAUGCUUGGAGUCCAAAUGUCUCAAUUCUGCCGAGCUCAAACGCUCCCUUCAUUUCCUCCCUGUCGUCACGCUCAGAGCCCGAGAGAUUGUUUUGAAUCAGGACCGUGUUGUUGUCGCCCCGAUAGAAAGAUAGAUACAUCGCCGAUUGCCAGAUUGUGCCUCUUUCGCUCCAUUGUGUUUAUCGUUGCACUCCGUUUGACCUCCUGUUCUGUGGCUAUGCUUAAAGAGCAGAAAACACCCCCACCUCCCAUCACCCCCACCACUCCUGCUGGUUGGCAUUCUCAAAACGCCUUGCUCAUUCACUCCUUCACACACCUUUUAUUAUUUCAUGGCGGGACACUUCGCAAAGCGAGUGCCACUAGCUCACGGCGCAUGAAACACAAGUUGGUCUUCAGAUUACAAGGACAGGAUGAAAGAAAGAAUAGUUUGUCAUGUUUGCAAUCGAAAAGCAAUUUUAAGCAUAAUGACAUGGUGGUUGAGCAGUUAGCACAUUUGCCUCACGGUGACGAGGUCGGAGGUUUGAAUCUCGCUCGGCUUUGGGAUACCUGUAUUCUAAAUUGCCCUUAGGCUUCAGGGGUUGUUCAGUUGUCUGUACACAAAGUCUGUCAACAAGUAUCCAGUAACGGUGUUACAAAAUAUGUAUUUGAAAGUCUACAAUAUGGGCCAGGCGAUCAACCAGCACAUCCAUAAAGAGAUCACGUGUCUCAUGAUGUCGUAAGCAUCUGACAGUUCCUGGCUAAAAAGAUCAUCACCGUAUGUGAGCAACCUCCCCUGUUUUCCUGAAAACACACCCAACAUAAAGUCAAGAGUUUGAUGUCAAAUCCAAAGACACUCCCAGUCGAUUUUUGUGUUUCGUUUUCUGGGGUUUGCGAGGAAGAAUCUUUUUAUUUAUAUGACCCAAAAACGUGUUAUUGUUAUGACAGUCCUCAUUUUGUUAUAUUUUUAAAAAAUAUUAAAAGCUGUUUUUAUGACGUCUGAUGAGUUGACCUUCCCGCUUCCUGUGUGUGUUGCCCACAUAAGCUCGGGCACUGAUCUAAAAAAAAAAAAGACUGGAUGGCUCAUUGGCACCCAAAACUGAAGUCACCAUCCGCCAUCUUGAUACUCCCAAAACAAGCAUGCCGACCUGUGCGUCAAUCACAGUUACUCGAAGAAAGUUUUGUUUACAGUUGUUGUUGUUCACUGUUCAUUUCUGCUUCACCUUGCCGACGGUUUUUCACAAAAAAAGCGAUGUCAAUAUUUACCCAAA